AAGUAGACCCCUAUAGCUAAUGAAGGAGUGAUUGUUUAGUUGUUCCUGUGUAUUGUGCUCUGAUAAAUGUGUAUUGUUUAUUAUUUAGAGAAGAUAUCGCCAUCUCCUCAUGGUGAGCGACAUAAAGACUUUGGUAUUCUUUGGGGAUCUGUAAAACAUCUUUCAGUUUUGAGAUUUUGGCAAACGGAAGAUAAAUUUAUUCUGUAGGCGUCUUGUGUGUUGUGCAAUGAUAAAUGAGUACUGUGUGCCAUUUUUGUUAUCUCCAUCCCCCCAUGUUAAGCAAUAGAAAGACUUUGGUAUUCUUUCAGUUCUAUAAAGCAUCCCCCGUUUUUAAAGAAAUCAGAAGCAUUUAAUGUUAACUUUGUGUAAUGGAUUCUAAUUACAAUAUUAGUAAUGGAAGUCAAUCCAGUGGAGCCAGUUCCGGAGGAAACCCAUAUCUGACACAGCAGGUAGUAUUCGAGCUGUUUCUAUUCUUCCUGAUUAUAAUCGGGAAUGGGGCAGUUCUUCUGGUGAUUAGUUUUGGCAGUCAGACAUCAAGAAUGCAUUUCGUCAUAAAGAACUUGGCGUUUGCAGAUCUGUGUAUGGGGCUCGUUUACCUUUUACCACGAAUUGUCAUGCAGCUGAGCGGCCACGUUUUCUACGGGGGAAAUGCUCUUUGCAAGAUAUACGAAUUCUUAACACAUUUUGUUUACUUUGGAUCCAGUUUCAUCAUGAUAGCACUGAGCAUUGAUCGACUCAUCGUGGUUGCGAACCCCGUCAGAAGCCUGGAAACAAUGGGACGGAAGUUCAAACUAAGCGUUUUGGCUUGCUGGAUGGCUGCCUGUGUGUUUGGGAUAGCGGGUACGUUUCUUUAUGAGUACGAUGAAAUGGACAGGGAAUGUGGAUUGAUAUUUCGCACUCGAUACGAAUUUAAGGUAUACUUUGUAGUCGUACUUGUGUCGCAGUUUGUAAUCCCCACCCUGAUCAUUGGCGGAUGUUACGUCACCAUCGCCAUCAUCGUUUGGAGGGCUGUCCGCAGAACUAAAAAUGCUACAGGAUCGGAUUAUCUAGAGAUACAGGAGAAUUUACAUGCGUCCUCAAGGUCCCGGAUGUCGGCCUCUGGAUCAACGGAGCACAACAUAUCGUCAGCCAAACUGAAGACCAUAAAAAUGACAUUUGUCAUAACACUUGCUUAUGUGUGCUGUUGGACUCCGUUUAUGAUAUUUAAUGUCUUGGAUGUGCACGGUUACUUUUCAAAUGACACGGAAAUGAUGCAUAUCAGGUUUUUCGUGCAAAGUCUGUUGCCUCUAAAUUCCGUGGUCAAUCCAAUUAUCUACGGAGUCUUCAGUUCCAGUAUUUGUUCCCAGUUCAAGAAUGGAUUAUGGAAAAAACUCUCGACAUCGAGGUCCGCAUGUACAAAAAACGAUACUGUGUAGGCAAUGAAGGGGAAAACCACGGACAAUGAAUCUAAACUUAUUGCUGCCUGUAACAGAACAGCUAUUGAUUGUUUCAUUACAUGGGUCUCUAAGAUUUGCGGCAAACAAAUAACUUAUGACUUGAUAUGUAAUGGUAAAUCAUUUUCUUGUUUUGUGUAUCGCAUCUAUGAAAAGCAUGGACAUAACACAUUCUGAGAAUUCAAAUAAUUUAAUUCAAAUAGCGUACCGAUUUUACUUAUUUCAAGGCGAUCUCUUUGGGUUCGUUUAUUCCCCAGGGUCAUAUAUUCACUCACAAACAUAUUAUAAUAGCUUGUUAACUAUACUUGACUAUAGUUAAUUAUACUAUCAAACCUGUUUCUGAAUUCACUACGAGUAUUCCGAGUCAAAUAGUAAAUUAUUUUAUCAACAUGAAAGUGUCGACUAUGAUAAUUCAAAAUAUGAAAGAUUUUCAUUCAUUAAAAUUAAUCAUACUCCUA